UGCCGCGCGCCAACCCACAGUUCCCGCUGCGCGCUGCGAUCCCGCCGCCGCCGCCGCCGCCGCCGCCGCCCGUUAGGGCUCCCGCAGCCGGGGACAUGUUGCAGAAACCGAGGAGCCGGGGCCGGCCUAGCUCCCAGGCGGAGAGAGACUGGGGCCGCGGUGCGGCCGAGGAGGCCCCGAGCACCUCCCGCGGGGCGGGCAGCUCCCGGGAGGCCCGGAGCGCAUCGUCGCAGGGCGCCCGCCGGGCCGCGGCCUCCCCGGAGGUGGGGCCCAGGUCCCAGCAGCAGCUGGAGCUGAAGGUGGCCGAGCUGGUGCAGUUCUUGCUGAUUAAGGACCAGAAGAAGAUCCCGAUCAAGCGCACUGACAUACUGAAGCACGUCAUCGGGGACUACAAGGACAUCUUCCCUGACCUCCUUAAACUGGCCGCCGAGCGCCUCGAGUACGUCUUCGGGUACAAGCUGGUGGAACUGGAACCCAAAAGCAACACCUACAUCCUGAUCAACACCCUGGAACCGGUGGAGGAGGAUGCCGAGGUGAGAGGCGAUCAGGGCACGCCCACCACCGGCCUCCUGAUGAUUGUUUUAGGUCUCAUCUUUAUGAAGGGCAAUACCAUCAAGGAAACGGAGGUCUGGGACUUCCUGCGUCGCUUAGGGGUGUACCCCACAAAGAAGCAUUUAGUUUUUGGGGACCCAAAGAAACUUAUUACCGAAGAAUUCGUGCGGCAGCGUUACCUGGAGUACCGGCGGAUACCCCACACUGAUCCUGUAGACUAUGAAUUACAGUGGGGCCCCCGAACCAACCUGGAAACCAGCAAGAUGAAAGUUCUUAAGUUUGUGGCCAAAGUCCAUAAUCAAGACCCCAAGGACUGGCCAGCACAGUACUGUGAGGCUUUGGCAGAUGAGGAGGCCAGAGCCAGACCUGAGACAGGUGGCCCAGCCCCCUCCUCUUGAAGUCUGAGAUAGAUUCAGAGGGACUUCUGGGGAAGGUCAAAGGCACUGG